AUUGUGGUCUUGACAAAUGUUGGAAUCUAAUAAUAACCCCUCCUUCCACCAACCAGGCAGCGGCGUGUUCUCCUCCAGGGAGACGGAGAUAGCAGGUGCUUGCACAGGCAGCGAACCGAGCGCUGCCUCCGGCCGCCAUCCAAGCAGAGUAGCUGGGAAUGGCGUCUCUGGGCUCGGGUGUUUAUGUGAUGAGAACGCGGGGAUCAGGCAGGAGCACAGCUGUGGAGAGGAGGAACCUGCUGACGGUGUGCAGGUUUUCGGUGAAGACUCUGCUCGACCGCUGCUGUUUCGAGAUGAUUGAUGAAUCCUCUCCCGAUUUCACCAACUUUGUUUCCAUCCUGGAGCACAUUUUCAAUCAUCGACUCAAAGGUCAGACCACCUGGUUUGGAUAUGAGAGUUCUCGCUGUUUCUGGGAUUACAUUAGAACAGCCUGCAGUAAAGUCCCUCACAACUGCAUCCGCAGCAUCGAGAGCAUGGAAAACGUGCGUUCGUCCAGAGCUAAGGGCAGAGCGUGGAUCAGAGUGGCACUGAUGGAGAAGAGACUCUCGGAAUACCUUUCAUCUGCUCUGAGGGACUUAAAAACCACCAGGAGGUUUUAUGAAGACAGCGCCAUCAUGCUGGGAGAGGAGGCGGGGCUGUUGGCGGACACACUGAUUGGACUCAACACCAUCGACUUCAGCUUCUGUCUGAAGGGGGAGGGUCUGGACAGCAGCUGCCCUGCAGUGAUCGACUACACACCGUACCUGAAGUUCACUCAGAGUGCAGACAGCGUCAGCAGUGACGAGGAGGAGAUGAGGACGCUGGGCAGCAGCGGCAGUGAGAGCAGCUCCCCCAACAAGACCGCCUCAGCCACCGCCGCCUCCAUCUUCACCGAGCAGAGCAACUUGGUCAGCAAGUGCAAACGCUUCGAGCAGAUGUAUCGAACAGCACUGGAGCAGAAGGGUUACCUGGAAGAACUGGUGCGUGCACGUGAAGCCCAGCUGUCAGAGGCCGUGUCGCACAACAAAGCUCUCCAGAAGAACCUCACAGACACACACCUGUCACACACACUGGAGAAGGAGCAGCUGGAGUUCAUCAUCCUGGAACUACGGGACCAGCUGACAAUUCUAAAGAACAAUGAUCUACGGUCCAGACGGGAGUUGACGGCUCAUCUGACCAAUCAGUGGCCGUCUCCUGAGGCUUUGGACACCAACGCAGUCGCGCUGGACAUACUGCUAUACAGGAAGAGCAACGGACAGUGGGAGGAGAAGACGUUCCAGAGUCUGGAGCAGCUGUCCACGGACACCAGCCUGUCUCAAGCCUCCCUGGGACCACCGCACUCACUGGGUCCUGAGGGUCGGACCUUGAGCACACAGUGGCACCAUAAAGAAGAGACCCCGUCCCUCCGAGGUCUGUGCGGCUCCCUCACCUCUGUGGCCAGCUACAAGUCACUGGCCAGCCUCAGGUCCAACGAGUGUCUGGCCAGUCCUGCUACAGAACUCAGCAGCCCGGGGAUCAGUCCUUCAUGAGGGACGAGGGGCUUUUGAAGAAACGGCCAACACAGCCACUGACCGCCACUGACACAGCAGCUGUCGCCGUAGCUGAGGCUGAGAGUUUGGUUCUGCGUGUGAGGGCCAGAGGUUUUAUCUGAGGAACGGUGGACGAGGCUACGACAGAGCAACGUUAAGAAGAGGUUAAACUGAGACCAGCUCUGUGUCUCUGUGUCUUAUAAGAAGAGUUAAAACACACCGCUCAGUUCAUGUAAAUGUGAACAUCGAUUGUUGCCUAAAUGUCUUUGUUCUGUGUACUUUGGCUAGCUUUUUGUUAGCUUUCCAGAUCGUCAGAUAGUAACUGUCAGCUGGUAGUGUUGAUUUAUGUGUCUCUGUACAGCAAUGGCUCUAAGGGCCAAACAUUUCUUUAGAAUGCAAGAAUGCAGGUUAUGAAUUUAACGUGCAUUAUGGGAAAUGUAGUUUAUGGUAAACCUACAUUAACGUACGCUAGAAUUGUGAAUAACUUGCCAUACAUACAGUAUGUUAUACACAGUAAAGUUGUACUUUGCAGUAAUUCAUCUAGUAAACAUUAGACUCUGUACCAUAGAGUUUUAUAAACCACACCAAGUUAUGCUGUAAUGGGCCACAUAAAAUGAUGCACUGGGCCGGAAUGGGCCCGCGGACCUUGAGUUUGACGUAUGUGCUGUACAGUAUAAAUGACGCAGCAUUGGG